AAUAUAAGAACCCGACUCUUAACUUUUAACUGAAAAUACUAAGAGUCGGCUCUUAAAUAAGAGAUUUAAGAGCCGACUCUUAACUUUUUCAGUUAAAAAUUAAGAGUCAGGUUCUUAUAUUCUGCUAAGAACCUUGUAUUAAGAACCAUGCGUUAAUGAUGCUAUUGCAACAUUUACUAAAACUACGUAAAAAGUCUCACGGUUUGUGAUUCUGUUGUCAUCUAUAUAUAUCUCUUAACAUACCCAUUGCUUCUCAAAACAUAUCUCACUCUUACCCUUCUUAAACCCUAAGUUCAAAAUCUAUUAUUCUCUCUACACUCUCUUCUGACAUUAUUUCUCUCUUCGACCAAAAUCUUGCGACCUAAAAUCAGAAAAAUGAAACAGCUUUCGACAAAAGUGACAAGCAAUGGUCAUGGACAAGACUCAUCCUACUUCUUGGGAUGGGAAGAGUACGAGAAGAAUCCUUACGAUGAGAUGAAGAACCCUAAUGGGAUGAUCCAGAUGGGUCUUGCUGAAAAUCAGCUAUGUUUUGAUCUCAUCGAGUCAUGGCUAGCUAAGAACCAGGACGCAGCUAGUCUCAAGAGGAACGGUCAGUCCAUUUUCAGAGAGCUUGCUCUCUUUCAAGACUAUCACGGCAUGCCUGAAUUCAAAAAAGCCAUGGCUGAGUUCAUGGAAGAGAUAAGAGGAAACAGAGUCACUUUCGAUCCCAAAAAGAUUGUGUUAGCCGCUGGUUCGACCUCUGCGAACGAGACUCUCAUGUUCUGUCUCGCUGAGCCUGGUGAUGCUUUCCUUUUGCCUACUCCUUACUAUCCUGGAUUUGAUAGAGAUCUUAAAUGGAGAACCGGAGCUGAGAUUGUACCAAUCCACUGCUCAAGCUCCAAUGGCUUUCAGAUCACUGAAUCAGCUCUACAACAAGCUUACCAACAAGCCCUUAAACUUGAUCUCAAAGUCAAAGGAGUUCUUGUCACGAACCCAUCUAACCCACUAGGCACUGCGUUGACCAGACGUGAGCUCAAUCUUCUCGUUGACUUCAUCACUUCCAAGAACAUUCAUCUCAUCAGCGACGAGAUCUACUCAGGCACUAUGUUCGGGUUUGAACAGUUCAUAAGCGUAAUGGACGUCUUGCAAGACAAGAAACUCGGAAACACCGAGGUUUCUAAAAGAGUCCACAUCGUUUAUAGCCUUUCCAAAGAUCUAGGGCUUCCUGGUUUCCGCGUGGGAGCUAUCUACUCCAACGAUGAAAUGAUCGUUUCCGCUGCGACGAAAAUGUCGAGUUUCGGUCUUGUCUCUUCUCAGACUCAGUACCUUCUCUCUGCAUUGCUCUCGGACAAGAAGUUCACAAGCCAAUACCUCGAGGAGAACCAGAAACGGCUCAGGUCAAGACAGAAACGCCUAGUGUCUGGUCUUGAGUCAUCGGGGAUUACUUCCCUGAGAAGCAACGCGGGUUUGUUCUGUUGGGUCGACAUGAGACACCUCUUGGACACGAACACAUUCGAAGCAGAGCUUGACCUCUGGAAAAAGAUUGUUUACAACGUGAAACUAAACAUCUCGCCCGGUUCGUCUUGUCACUGCACUGAACCGGGUUGGUUUAGGGUUUGUUUCGCUAAUAUGAGCGAGGAUACACUCGAUUUGGCCUUGAAGAGGCUCAAAACGUUCGUGGAGUCUACAGACUGUGGACGGAUGAUAUCAAGAAAAAGCCAUGAGAGGCUCAAGAGCUUGAGGAAGAAGACAGUCUCUAACUGGGUUUUCCGGGUUUCAUGGUCAGACCGUGUACCUGAUGAGCGAUGAAACUAUUCAUCUCCCUGAGUUUGAGACGACAAAAGAAAAAAACUUCAAGGUUGUUUUCUUCUUCUUUAUUUACUUCAUUUUUUUUUAUAUUUUGGAAGUAUUUUUAUUUCCAAGGUAUCUAUAAUAUCAUUAUAUAUGUGUAAUUUUCAUAAAUGUUUGGGGUGAGUUUUAAUGCAUUUUUUCGGGUGUAACCUUGUUGCUCUAAGUGUUGUUUUCUUUUUUGAAACUUUACUAUAAGUGUUGUGAUACGUGUCUAAAAUGCACUCAGUCCGAAUGUGGACUUGCAGUGGCUAUAUAUAUUAUUUCCUGUUGUAAUUUUAAUAAAAUGUUUGCGAGUAUUGUGUAAUUCACUCUACUUAAUAUAUAUUAUAUUUGAAUUUGUAAAUAUAUAUGUGUUUCUCCAUCGUGAAGAAAAAAUGUGUUUCCUUAAUUUGGGUUAAUUUCUGAAUCGGUUGACAUGCAAUCAAUCACCUUUGGCUAUAAGUCUAUGAUGAUCGUUAACGUUAGUUAAGGACGUUAGUA